GUGGUUUCAUGGUGACAGUGUUAUGAUCCGACUGUGUUCCUGCUUCUCGUCUCCACAUCAUCUGACAGGCUUUUAUUGUUUCACAGCAGGAGGACGCAGUGGACGCUUUAUUCACACUGUCUCUGUCUCCACCAUGAAAACUGUCCUCAGGGUUUUGUGGACAUUUUGAGACAACGUCCUGCUUUUGUUUUUUUCUUCUGUCAGAUACUGAAAGUGUUGGAGCGACGGUUUACGGGAGCUUGAGUGUCACCAUGAGCCGAGCCGGGACCUCGUCGCUGCUCUCCACCUAUCAGCUGCUUUUCUUGUCGACCAUCAUCUCAAUUGAAGUCCCGUACUGUGCUGCAGGAAGCUCGACCCUCACGUCCAACAACACGCUCAGCAACCACACAAAAUGUGGAGGAGGUACCAACUGCAUCGAAGGUGUCAUCCUACCAAUAUGGAAGCCAGAAAACCCGGCCUUCACCGACCGCCUCGCCAGAGCCACUAUUUACUUUGUAGGGUUGGCGUACAUGUUCUUGGGCGUGUCAAUCAUCGCUGACCGCUUCAUGGCGUCCAUCGAGGUCAUCACCUCCCAGGAGAGACAGAUCACCAUCAAGAAACCAAACGGUGAGAAGAUCACCACGACAGUGCGCAUCUGGAAUGAGACGGUGUCCAACCUGACCCUAAUGGCUCUGGGUUCCUCCGCCCCAGAAAUCCUCCUGUCGGUCGUGGAGGUUUGCGGUCACAACUUUGACGCCGGCGAGCUGGGUCCCAACACCAUUGUAGGAAGUGCUGCCUUCAACAUGUUUGUCAUCAUUGGCCUGUGUGUGUCUGUCAUUCCUGACGGAGAGACCAGGAAGGUGAAGCACCUCAGGGUGUUCUUCGUCACCGCCACCUGGAGCGUCUUUGCGUACACCUGGCUCUACCUGAUCCUGGAUGUCAUUUCUCCAGGUGUAGUUGAGAUAUGGGAGGGGCUGAUCACGCUCUUCUUCUUCCCCCUUUGUGUUGGACUCGCUUACGUGGCCGACCGCAGACUUCUUUUCUACAAGUACAUGUACAAGCGCUACAGAGCGGGGAAGCAGAAAGGAAUGAUCAUUGAAACGGAGGGCGAGCCGGAGCUCCCCUCGAAGGUCGACAUCGAAAUGGACGGGAAAAUGCUCAACUCCCACGGAGAGGAGUUUGAUUUGAAUGAGCUGGGCGAGGAGGAGGCCCGCAGGGAGGUGGCCAGGAUCCUGAAGGAGCUGAAACAGAAACAUCCUGAGAAGGAGAUGGAGCAGUUGAUGGAGCUCGCCAAUUACCAAGUUUUAACCCAUCAGCAGAAGAGCCGGGCUUUCUACCGCUGUCAGGCAACCAGGAUCAUGACAGGAGCGGGCAACAUCCUGAAGAAGCACGCCGCUGACCAAGCCAAGAGAGCCAACCAGCACGAUAUCUGCUCCGAGGUUUCACUCAACGACUUCUCCUCCAAGCUGUUCUUCGACCCCGGUACCUACCAGUGUCUGGAGAACUGCGGCAGCGUAGCACUCAACGUGGUGCGGCGUGGUGGAGACCUGACGAGCACAAUCUCAGUGGAUUACCGGACUGAAGACGGGACCGCUAACGUCGGCUCUGAUUACCAGUUCACCCAAGGAACUAUUGUGUUCAAACCAGGCGAGACUGAAAAGGAAAUCCGCAUUGACAUAAUUGAUGAUGACAUCUUUGAGGAAGAUGAGCAUUUCUUGGUUCACCUCAGCAAUGUGAGGGUCACAUCUGAGGGCGCCGGCUCAGACGAGCGCGAGGCAAACCACGUGGACUCCCUCGCAAGUUUGGGUCUGCCGUGCACGGCUACCGUCACAAUCUUUGAUGACGACCACGCUGGGAUCUUUACGUUCGAGGAGCCGGUGGUGACGGUGAGCGAGAGUGUCGGGGUGAUGGAGGUGAAGGUGAUCCGGACCUCAGGGGCUCGCGGUGUCGUGGUGGUGCCGUACAAAACCAUGGAGGGGACGGCUAAAGGAGGCGGCGAGGACUUUGAGGACACACACGGAGUCCUGGAGUUUGAGAACGAUGAGAUCUUGUAA